GAUGGAGUUGUCGGCUGAGGCGACGCCGCCGAGCUGUGCCCCGGGGACAGGAGGCGUCCCUGCCGCCGGACACGCCCCACGCCGCCGCCGCCGCCGGGGGGCCCUCCGGGCCCGCUCAGCCUUCUUUCAGUAAUAUUCAUUCAGGAGUUUUUUCCUCCAUCUCUCAAAAGCUUAGAAAACACUACACAGUGAAAUAAUGGUCUGCUAGACUACUACCCAAGCGUCCAGCUUCCAUAAUGCCCGUGCAGGCAGCUCAGUGGACAGAAUUUCUGUCCUGCCCAAUCUGCUACAAUGAAUUCGAUGAGAACGUACACAAGCCCAUCAGUUUAGGUUGCUCGCAUACCGUCUGUAAGACCUGCCUGAAUAAACUUCAUCGCAAGGCAUGCCCUUUUGACCAAACUGCCAUCAACACAGACAUUGACGUGCUUCCUGUAAACUUUGCACUUCUCCAGUUAGUUGGAGCCCAGGUACCAGAUCAUCAGACAGUAAAAUUAAGUAACCUGGGAGAGAAUAAACACUAUGAGGUGGCAAAGAAAUGUGUUGAGGAUUUGGCACUCUACUUAAAACCACUAAGUGGCGGAAAGGGUGUUGCCAGUUUGAAUCAAAGCGCACUGAGCCGUCCAAUGCAGAGGAAACUGGUGACCCUGGUGAACUGUCAGUUGGUCGAGGAAGAAGGUCGCGUAAGAGCCAUGCGAGCAGCACGGUCCCUCGGAGAGAGAACUGUAACGGAACUGAUUUUACAGCACCAGAACCCUCAGCAGCUGUCUGCCAAUCUGUGGGCUGCCGUGAGGGCUCGAGGAUGCCAGUUUCUCGGGCCAGCUAUGCAAGAAGAGGCUUUGAAGCUGGUGCUGCUAGCACUGGAAGAUGGUUCUGCUCUCUCAAGGAAAGUUUUGGUCCUUUUUGUUGUGCAAAGGCUAGAACCAAGAUUUCCACAGGCAUCAAAAACAAGCAUUGGUCAUGUUGUGCAACUACUGUAUCGUGCUUCAUGUUUUAAGGUUACUAAAAGGGAUGAAGACUCUUCUCUGAUGCAGCUGAAGGAGGAAUUUCGUAGCUAUGAGGCUUUGCGCAGGGAGCAUGAUGCCCAAAUUGUUCACAUUGCUAUGGAAGCAGGACUUCGUAUAUCACCUGAGCAAUGGUCUUCCCUUCUUUAUGGUGAUUUGGCCCAUAAGUCACACAUGCAAUCCAUCAUCGACAAGCUCCAGUCUCCAGAAUCAUUUGCAAAGAGUGUCCAGGAGUUGACAAUUGUCUUGCAGCGUACAGGCGAUCCAGCUAAUCUGAAUAGACUGAGACCUCAUCUAGAGCUUCUUGCAAACAUAGAUCCCAAUCCAGACGCUGUCUCUCCAACCUGGGAACAGCUAGAAAAUGCAAUGGUAGCCGUCAAAACGGUUGUGCAUGGGCUAGUAGAUUUUAUACAGAAUUACAGUAGAAAAGGCCAUGAAGCACCACAGCCUCAGCCAAACAGCAAAUACAAAACGAGUAUGUGCCGAGAUCUACGCCAGCAGGGAGGGUGUCCUCGCGGAACAAAUUGUACAUUUGCUCAUUCUCAGGAGGAGCUUGAAAAAUAUCGAUUAAGGAACAAAAAGAUCAGUGCGACUGUGAGAACAUUUCCUCUCUUAAGUAAAGUUGGUGUGAACAGCACUGUCACCACAACAGCCGCAAAUGUCAUCCCUGUCAUAGGAAGUACAGAGACAUCGGGGAAAAUCAUCCCAAGCACAAAUGGAAUUUCAAGUACCGAAAGUGGCGUCUCCCAGUUAAUCCCCCGUGGCACUGACACCACCCUAAGAGCUUUGGAGAAUGUGAAGAAAGUGGGAAAGGUUGGAACAAAUGGGCAAGGUGUCUCUGGGUCUCCUACAGAACCUGUUUCCGAAAACAAAAUUGGUUCCCCCACCAAGACUCCUGUAAGUAACGUAGCAGCUACCUCAGCCGGGCCCCCGAGUGUCGGAACAGAGAUGAAUUCUGUACCUCCAAAGUCGAGCCCUUUUAUAACCAGACUACCAGUGUAUCCGCAGCAUUCUGAAAACAUUCAUUACUUUCAAGAUCCAAGGACCCAGAUAUCCUUUGAAGUCCCCCAGUACCCACAGACAGGAUACUACCCACCACCUCCAACGGUACCAGCUGGUGUGGCUCCCUGUGUUCCUCGCUUUGUGAGGUCCAAUAAUGUUCCAGAAUCCUCCCUCCCACCUGCUUCCGUGCCAUAUGCCGAUCAUUACAGUACAUUUCCCCCUCGAGAUCGAGUGAAUUCUUCUCCUUACCAACCUCCUCCUCCGCAGCCGUAUGGACCGGUUCCCCCAGUACCUUCUGGAAUGUACGCGCCCGUCUACGACAGCAGACGCAUCUGGCGUCCACCAAUGUAUCACCGCGAUGACAUUAUUAGGAGCAAUUCCUUACCGCCCAUGGAUGUGAUGCAUUCGUCUGUCUAUCAGACGUCAUUGCGGGAGAGGUAUAACUCUUUGGACGGAUAUUACUCGAUGGCUUGUCAGCCACCAGGCGAGCCGAGGACGGCUGUGCCUUUGCCGAGGGAAUCUUGUAGCCACUUAAAGACCGGUUACGAUGAGCAGUUAAGACGGAAACCGGAGCAGUGGACCCAAUACCACACUCAGAAAGCACCUCUUGUUUCAUCGGCUCUCCCUAUGGCCACUCAGUCUCCAACACCACCUUCUCCUCUCUUCAGUGUAGACUUUCGCACAGAGUUCUCUGAGAACGUAAGUGAUUUGCGUGGUACUAAAUUUGAGGAAGAUCAUCUUUCCCAUUAUUCACCCUGGUCCUGUGGAACUAUCGGCUCCUGUAUGAAUGCCAUUGAUUCAGAGCCCAAGGAUGUAAUUGCCAAUUCAAAUGCUGUGCUCAUGGAUCUGGACAGUGGAGAUGUGAAGAGAAGAGUGCAUUUAUUUGAAACUCAGAGAAGGGCAAAAGAGGAAGACCCUAUAAUCCCCUUCAGUGACGGGCCUAUCAUCUCUAAGUGGGGUGCAAUUUCCAGGUCAUCCCGCACAGGUUACCACACCACAGACCCUAUUCAGGCCACUGCUUCCCAAGGAAGUACAACUAAGCCCAUCAGUGUCUCAGAUUACGUCCCGUACGUCAAUGCUGUUGAUUCGCGGUGGAGUUCUUACGGCGCCGAUUCCACCUCGUCAGCCCACUAUAUCGAACGGGAAAGAUUUAUAAUUACCGAUUUGUCUGGUCAGAGAAAGCAUUCCAGUACUGGAGAUCUGCUGAGCGUUGAACUGCAGCAGGCAAAGAGUAAUUCACUGCUACUUCAGAGGGAGGCCAAUGCAUUAGCUAUGCAACAGAAGUGGACUUCCUUGGAUGAAGGCGGACACCUUGCUUUAAAUCUCCUAAACAAGGAAAUAGAAUUGAGAAAUGGCGAGACUGACUAUUCAGAAGAUGCCACCGAUACUAAACCUGAUCGAGAUAUUGAAUUAGAGCUCUCAGCACUUGAUACUGAUGAACCUGAUGGACAAGGUGAACAAAUAGAAGAGAUUCUGGAUAUUCAUCUUGGUAUCAAUUCUCAGAAUGAUCAGCUCCUGAAUGGAACGCCUUUGGAAAACGGACACCCGCUUAAGCAGCACCAGAAAGAACCCGUGGAGAAGAAGAGACAAAGUUUAGGUGAAGAUCAUGUGAUUCUGGAGGAGCCAAAAGCAAUCCUGCCGGUAACGGCCUGCUUCAGCCAGGCAGUCCCAGCGCCCACGAGCAGCGCGGGCGGCCUGCCCGUCGCCGCAGCAGUCAGCGUCGGCAGCCUCAUGCUGAAAACCGCUCACAUCCCGUCCGAAGACAAAAAUGACUUUUUACAGCCCGUUGCAAAUGGCAAGAUGGUUAACAGCUGAGAGUUCGUCUUACAAGCUGGUGACCAACCCCAAGAAAGCAUUUACACUAGCUUUUUAUAUAUAUAUAUAUAUAUAAUAUAUAUUAUAUAAUGUAUAUUUUUUUUAAAAAAAAUGAUAGCGGGGGCAUCCAUUUCCUGUGGACUCUUUGAUACUUCAGGCCCUCUUGCAUUAGCAUUCUGACGAAAUGAAUUUACUUUACUAGGGUAACGCGUUCACUUUCCAGAAGUGAUUGGAAUUUGGACAACAUUUUACUUAAGCUUAAAGCAGCUUUUUAUGAGUUUGUAGCAAUCCGGUGCGGUAACUGAGCCAUUCCUGUGUAAAAUGGCUUCUGUGGAAAAUUAACAACUCACUUAUUAAACUAGCAGGAUCCUACAAUGAUACAUCUAGUGAAAGUAAACUAACUUAUUUGUUUCUAUUUCGUACUUCACUGAGAGGAGUUUCCAUCUCAUUGUAGCUGCUUUAUUUAUCUUUCGUAAAGGAACUCUGCAUGGAUUUUUUUUUGUCUUUUGAAGAAUGAUGAAAGGUAGGCGAUCUUACCUUAGACUUUUACAGGGUUAACACACUUUAGCUUUGCUCUGCUGCGUUUUGUGUCGGAGUGCGGUGCGGUGCUUUGCCGUCGCAUUUGAAACGUUUGUUAUUUUCAGGAAUAAUUUCUGCUUUAUUAGUGUUGGUAUUUAUAUGCAGGCUACUUGUUGAAGUAAGUAAAAACAAUGUAACCAAGUGCCUAAGUCCUUCAGCUAAUGUACGAGAAAUGGAAUUCUCUUAAGUUAUAUGCAGAAUCGUUUUGAACAAUUUUGAUCAAUUAUGCACUAAUAUAAUGGCAGUUUUUUUCAUGCAGGUUCCUAUCUGCAUAUUACUGAAUCUGAUGAGUUGGCAAAGAAUCGGGUGCUUUUGGCUUCGUUGUGAAAACCCUGUAUGUAGUGUUUGCACUGACUGACAAGAUGGUAUUGCUGGGUUUUUAAUUUAAACUAAUUUCGUUUUGGAUGUUCGUUGCAUCAUCCUGGUUAAAUAUUGUUCGGCAUAACUUCGUGUUCAGGUUUCAUUUGGCUUUUACGCUCUCUGGCUGUUUGGUUUCAGACCAUGAACCAUAAAGCAAUAUAGCAUGGCCUGAUCUUCAGUUAUCCUGAAAAACGUGAAUCAUUUGUGCCCUGCUAAAAUGUGACUGAAAAAUCGUUUGACAGUUGUACCCAGCCAAUCAUCCUCGGAAUAUCCGGGGACAAUAUCCUACUUCUUUGAGUGCUGAAACUUUCAGUCACCAUUUGGCGAACAAAAUCAGGGCAUGCCUUCCUGGUGAUCCGUAGCUCGUCCGUUAUUUUUUCUGUUUCUUUAAGGUGUUUUACUUUUGUGUUUUUAUUAACUUCUGUGAAGUUGUUUACUCUGACGAUUGUACUGGAAUAUUUUAAGCCAAGCCGAUCUUUCACCAGGUGUACUGUAUGUAAGGGCUUUUCCUGCUAGCAGAAUGCUUAAACGGGAUCAUGUUAAUGGUCAUCUGAGUUGUUCAGUUGUUUUACAAAACCACAGCAAUGUGUCAGAUAAGAUUUUGAUAAAAAAAAAAAAAAGUUUUGUGCACAUU